UUUGAAAUUUGAAAAUUGAAAAUUGAAAAUUGUUACCCGGACCUAGUCCAAAUACAAUCCCAUGCCAUGAGUGACUCACACACUACUCCCUACUACGGUCAAAGAAAGCAUGCAUGAAGAAUUGAAGAUGGACCAUGUUGAAAGUUUCUUUCUGUUCAACAUUAUUAUUGUUGUUGUUUAUAAACGCAAAGGUUGUUUUUCAGAGCUUUUGAUUUGAGAUAGCAGAGAUGAAGGCGGAGGAGAAGAAGGAAGGGGUAGAAGUAGAAGUAGAAGUGGGCAUUGAGAUGAAGGCGAUGGAGGCUUUGGGUAAAGGGUUCGAUUUAACGAGUGAUUUUAGGCUUAAGUUUGCCAAAGGGACUCAAAGGUUGGUAGUGGUGGAUGAGUUUAACAACAGAGACAUUCUCAUUCCUGCUGGUCCCACCAUUCCUGCUGUUCCUCUCGAUAUUCGUUGUGAUAAAGGGGAUCGACUUCGCUUCAAGUCCGAUGUUCUUCAAUUCAAUCAGAUGUCUGAGUUGCUUAAUCAGAAAUCUUCAAUACAAGGGAAAAUUCCCUCAGGCUAUCUUAAUGCUAUUUUUGAGUUAAGUGGCGACUGGUAUCAUGAUGCUGCAGAUACCAAAUAUCUUGCCUUUGAUGGCUACUUCAUCUCAUUGUAUUAUCUGCAUCUAACAGCAUCUCCAUUACUACUGCAAGAUGACGUAAAGAAGUCUGUUCCAUCUCGUUGGGAUCCAGCUUCAUUGUCUAGAUUCAUCCAGACAUAUGGGACACACAUAAUAGUAGGAAUGGCUGUUGGAGGUCAAGAUUUAGUUUGUGUUAAGCAGAAGCCUUCAUCAACAAUUCCUCCUGCUGAUCUAAGAAGACAUUUGGAAGAUCUUGGAGAUUUUCUAUUUUCAGAUGGAAGCCCUUCACUAAUGCAGAUGAAAACAAGAGAUGGCAAACAGAAAGUUCCUGAGCUUUUUAAUCGUGUAUUACAAUCAAACACAAUGCAGUUGACCAGUAUUUCAGAAACAUCAAGCAAGGAUGGCCUCAGUAUUGUUUGUUCGAAAAGGGGAGGGGAUGUGUUUGUGCACGGUCACUCCAAUUGGCUCCAGACUGUGCCUGCUAAACCUGAAGCAAUCCUGUUCAAGUUUGUUCCUAUUACUUCUCUUCUGACUGGGAUUUCAGGCAGUGGUUAUCUUAGUCAUGCAAUCAACUUGUAUCUUCGCUACAAGCCCUCUCCAGAGGAUUUACAGCACUUCUUGGAGUUUCAAGUUCCCAGGCAAUGGGCACCUAUGUUUUGUGAGCUGCCUCUUGGGCAUCAACGGAGAAAGGCUUCUUGCCCUCUCCUGCAGUUUAGUUUCCUGGGUCCUAAGAUUUAUGUCAGCUCUACCCAGGUUUCAACUGGAAAAAAACCAGUGGUUGGCCUGCGCUUGUACUUAGAAGGAAAGAAAAGCAACCAGUUGGCAUUACAUUUGCAGCAUCUCUCAAGCCUUCCAAAUACGAUGACCCUUUCAUCGGAUACCACAACCACAAACAAGCCAUUUCUGUGGCGAGGUUCUGAUGAUCAUGAGCUUAGUGACCAAUUCCUAGAACCAGUCAAAUGGAAGAGAUUCUCAAAUGUGUGCACAGCAGUGGUUAAGCAUGAUCCAAACUGGCUGCAGGGAGAUUUAAGUGGUGUUUAUAUUGUGACUGGUGCUCAGCUUCUUAGUAAAGGGCAGUGGCCCAAAACAGUACUUCACCUACGUCUUCUUUAUAUGCACUUACCUAAUUGCUCCAUCCGCAAGACAGAGUGGGCUGCUGCACCUGAAGGUUCUCGAAAGUCAAAUUUCCUCACGAAUCUGAGCACAACAUUUACAUUCACUCAGCGGACCGUUACUAAUACACAACAGCAGACUCCUAAUGCACUUAACUCUGGUAUAUAUCCGAAUGGCCCACCAAUACCAGUUCAUUCUACAAAGCUACUUAAAUAUGUGGAAACAGCUGAGGUGGUGCGAGGACCCCAUGAUGCUCCAGGGCAUUGGUUGGUAACAGCUGCUAAGCUAGUGACCCAGGGUGGGAAGAUUGGUUUGCAUGUAAAGUUUGCUCUAUUAGACUAUUGGUGAAUUAUAGUUAUCAUUGUACAGAUAGAGGGAAAGUUGAAUUGUCAUUGGUUUUAUUGGUUGAUUUGUCGAUCAAAGAAAUUUUGGAACUGAAGAUAACAGUUAGAAUUGCUAUAACAUGUCAUUGUACAGAAAGUUACACCAGAGUGGCUAUUAUGUUGGUUGAUUUCGACGAUUUUGUAUUCUAUUAGUCAGUUCAGCUUUUGAUUUU